CCCCGCCCCCCUCCCCUCCCCAACCCCGCGCUGUUCCUACCCGCGCCCCCCCCCCCACCCCCGCCAUGCCGAACAUCGUGCUGUUCAGCGGCAGCUCCCACCACGACCUGUCCCAGCGGGUGGCGGACCGCCUGGGGCUGGAGCUGGGCAAGGUGGUCACCAAGAAGUUCAGCAACCAGGAGACCAGUGUAGAGAUUGGGGAAAGUGUGAGAGGAGAAGAUGUAUAUAUCAUCCAGAGUGGCUGUGGAGAAAUAAAUGACAACUUGAUGGAACUGCUCAUCAUGAUCAAUGCUUGCAAGAUUGCAUCAUCCUCCAGAGUGACUGCUGUAAUUCCGUGUUUUCCAUAUGCCAGGCAAGAUAAGAAAGACAAGAAGGGGUCCGUGGAGCGUUGGAGUCGUGCUCCAAUCUCUGCAAAACUUGUUGCCAACAUGCUGUCAGUUGCAGGGGCUGACCACAUCAUCACCAUGGACCUGCAUGCUUCUCAGAUCCAGGGUUUCUUUGACAUUCCGGUAGAUAACCUGUAUGCAGAACCUGCAGUGCUGCAGUGGAUUAAAGAAAACAUUUUGGAGUGGAGAAACUGUAUCAUAGUCUCACCUGAUGCAGGUGGUGCAAAAAGGGUUACUUCAAUUGCUGACAGACUGAAUGUGGAAUUUGCUCUCAUUCAUAAGGAAAGAAAGAAGGCAAAUGAAGUGGACAGAAUGGUCUUGGUUGGUGAUGUGAAAGACAGAGUAGCAAUUCUUGUUGAUGACAUGGCUGACACAUGUGGCACAAUAUGUCAUGCAGCAGACAAGUUAGUAUCUGCUGGAGCUACUAAAGUUUAUGCUAUUCUUACUCAUGGCAUCUUUUCUGGUCCUGCUAUUUCUCGGAUUAAUAAUGCAUCGUUUGAGGCCGUUGUGGUAACUAAUACAAUUCCCCAAGAAGAAAAAAUGAAACACUGCCCAAAAAUUCAGUUUAUUGACAUUUCUAUGAUCCUGGCUGAGGCAAUUCGAAGAACACACAAUGGUGAAUCUGUGUCUUACCUGUUCAGCCAUGUCCCCUUGUAACUGCAGAUUACAUCGCAUGUUGCAAAGGUCCUUCAUCUAGCACUGUUAUUUUUAACAAUGCAUUUCAACCAUAAGAAAUUAGUAUCAUUGUACAAUUCCAGAGAUUGUAUGUUUAAUUAUUUUAUUUGUCUUGUAAUUACCAUUAGUUCUUUGUAAAUGGGCAAUGAAUCUGUCUUGCAGAAACUUCAUGAAUUCCCUUGAGAGUCUGGAAGUUUUGAGGGUUGUGUACGUUCACUUUUAUGUGCCUGCUUCACUUUCUGCUAAACUGCUGCUUUGGAUCUGUUUUUCUCUAUAGAACUUCAUGGGAUGUAUGUGUAAGAUCACUUUCUGUGUUAAGCUAAAUGCUGCAGGCUUUGGUAUCUUGUAUCUAUUCAUCUGUCAGGCAAGCAGCUGUUGGGUUUUGUUUUGUUAUUUUGAGGAACUUUUGACACAUCCAUACUAUUAACUGUUUCAUAAACUUUGUAUUCUUUUUUUCCACAAGGUGUCUGCUGUUUUCUUCUGUAAAAAUCCCAUUACAUUAAAUAGUUUGCUUAACAUCUAUUCUGUGCAGUCAGUCUUCAGUUACAAGAUUAAUGUUUCAGUGUACCUGUGAUUCAUUUCAUGUGUUUCAAUAGUAAGAACCAACCUUUAAUAAUGAGCAGCUUGGUUUAAUUUUUUUCCCCAUAGUUUUUUACGUUCCUUCAUUGUGAUCGUAUGAAUCAUUUCAUAGCAGUUUUCUUGUGCUUUACUGUGCAGCCAAUGAACUAUGAUAGACUAACUAGUCUCAAGUAAUUUAACAUUAGAAAAAAAAAAUAAUUAUGAAAACAGUUUUGCCUCUUAUGCUGAGAAGGCUUAUGGUUAAGUACUGGUAAUACAGUCAAUAAUGGAUUCUGGGAGAAAAAAAAAACAAAUCUAGUACUGUAAUUUUAGGUCUUUGAAUCCUUCUAUGGAAUGUUCUCUAUCUUCCUUCUAGAAAGAAAGAGUUUGUGUGUAGUAAGAUAGUGUUCCUGCACCUACAUCAUGGUUUCCUACCUGAAAUUGCACUUGUUAAUUACAAAAGCAUUUACCGUGCUUUAGAGAUGCUUCUUUACUGUGGAGCUGCAUAAAAAAAAUAGCCUUAUUUCAUCCUACCUUUCUUAUUCUGGGAUAUAUUUAUAAUGGUAAAAUGCUGUAUUAUAAAAUGGAUUUUCCAUUCCAUUAUAGACAGUCUUCAGAAAGAGAAUUAUUUUGGUUUCUCUGAGAAUUAAUGUAUUUUGUCUUUAUAAUUUUUUCCAUUAACAUUCUAGUUCUUCUCUAGGUUUCCUUUUCCUAUAUGAAAAUGAGUAAAACAAUUUCACCUGUACUGCUUUGAGCAAUGAAUACAGAAAUAGAGUAUGUAAGAUAUUGUGAUGAGAAUUCAGUUCAGCCGCUAGGUCUCAGGAAUUUCUCAUUACAGUUGAAUUUUUUAAAAACAAUAUAAUACAAUGGAAAUGAAUUUACAUUAUUUGGCAAAGAAAUUUUUUUGAAGUAAGAUUAUUUAACCUAUUGUCUUGAAAAUAUUACUUAACAGUUAAGUUGUUCAACCCAAGUCUGUGGCCACAUAAUUAUGCAGUCUAGACUAUACUACUACAUAAAAGUUAUACAAUACUUCUAAUGCACAUAUCAAUUCAGUGGUUUUGUAGAUCAGAUCUUUGUUGCAAACAAAAUUCUGGAUUGUUUGCCUUUACUGUGCACAAGUAUUAUAAAUAAAUCUUGAAAAUUGCUUCUGCCCAGA